AUGCAGAACGACGCCGGCGAGUUCGUGGACCUCUACGUCCCUCGGAAGUGCUCGGCUAGCAACCGAAUCAUUGGUGCUAAGGAUCAUGCAUCUAUUCAGAUAAAUAUUUCUGAGGUGGACAAGGUAACAGGCAGAGUAAAUGGCCAGUUCAAAACAUAUGCCAUCUGUGGCCCCAUUCGUAGAAUGGGUGAAUCAGACGACUCCAUCCUGCGUCGCAAAAAACGAUGGGAUUGUUUCCAAGAACUUCUAGCUGAAGGAACUCUGCUGUGGAACAUCUGA